CUACAAGUAAACUUGUGGCGCCGGGAAAGUACACGCAUAAAGCUCUUGCAAGAUCGGGCGUGGUCCAAGCGGAGCUCACUUUGACAUAAUUUAAAGAUAAAUUCACCCAUUAUUAACAGAAGCAUUAAGCAUCAUUGAUCAAAAAUAAUAACCGCUUCUGUCUUAAUUGGAAAUUGCCGGGGAAUAUUAUACCCCAUCCCAUACCCGGGACUUCUGACGCCCGUGAAUAUAUGGUCACAUAGGGGUCUUCCGGGAGCUGAGGGGUCUAACUCUCUGAGCAAUGCCGCUCCUAUUCAUGUAUUCGAGUUUGCAUGUUUUGCUUGUAUUUUUUAAUAUGAGGCGGCUAAUUUAAAACAACGUCAAAUUUGAUUGGUGAAUUGUUUCAUCAAUCAGAACAUCAACUACUACGAGUAUGUAAGAUUGGUGAUGACUACUGGAUGGUCUACUCGUAUUAGAAGGCUCUAUAGCUGACGUUCGCGCGCAAUCCUUUUAAAACCCCGCGCUUGUCCUAUUGUAUCGCAAGCAAGAACACGUGUGGAGACAUUUCAACGCAUUUUGCAAUGCAUGCAGUGUAUGCGACAUACGCUAGCUAUAUUGUAUUUCGCAGUGUGUUUUCUUAGGAGGUUAAGAAAAUCUUUCAAAAUGCCUGACUCGGAUUCAGAAGAAGAGCCUACCAUAGCCGAAGACAUCGUCGUCACCAAAUAUAAAAUGGUGGGCGACAUGGUAAAUGAUGUCUUGAAGCAAGUGAUGGCUAAAUGUGUAGCGGGGGCGGAGAUCGUCUCGAUAUGUGAUCUUGGAGACAAGAUUCUCGAGGAAAAGACGAGCCAAGUCUACAAGAAGGACAAAGAAAUGAAGAAAGGUAUUGCAUUCCCAACCUGUAUAUCAGUGAACAACUGUGUAUGUCAUUUCUCACCGAUACGAAGUGAAUCGAAAGCAGAGCUGAAGGAGGGAGAUGUGGUGAAGAUUGAUCUUGGUGCCCACGUGGAUGGCUUCAUAGCAGUUGUUGCACAUACCAUGAUUGUCGGGGCAACGUCAGACAACAAGGUCAAAGGUCGAAAGGCGGAUCUUCUGAGGGCAGCCCAUACAAUGGCUGAAGCAGCAUUAAGGAAAGUCAAGCCCGACACACAGAACAAUGAAGUAACGGAAGUAAUCCAGAAGGCAGCCGAGGCGUUUGAUUGUAAACCAGUCUCGGGAAUGUUAUCACAUCAGCUCAAGAGGAACGUCAUCAACGGUGAAAAGAGUAUUAUCCAGAACCCAACAGAAGAACAAAUGCGAGAGCAUAACCAGUGUAAGAUUGAGGUUCAUGAGGUGUAUGCUAUAGACGUUCUUGUCAGCACAGGGGAAGGCAAGGCCAAAGAACGAGAGGAUAGGGUAACGGUUUACAAAAGGACGGAAGAAACUUACCAGCUCAAAAUGCGGACCUCAAGGACAUUCUUCAGCGAGCUGACCAAACGAUUCACCACUAUGCCUUUCUCACUCAGGGCAUUUGAAGAUGAAGGCAAGGCUCGUAUGGGAAUUGUUGAAUGUAUGAACCAUAAUUUAGUUGAACCUUAUCCAGUGUUAUAUGAAAAAGAUGGUGAGUUUGUCGCACAGUUCAAGUUUACGGUUCUGUUGAUGCCCAAUGGACCGUUGAAGAUUACAGGUAUACCAGUUGAUCUAUCUCUCUACCCGUCAGACAAGACCAUUGAAGACAAGGAACUCAAGGAGUUGCUUAAUACAUCGGUCAGUCGAAAGGCUCAAAAGAAGAAGAAAAAGAAGGCUGCCAAGCAAGCUGAGGCCGCAGAAGAAGAGGACGCCCCCGCGCUGGUAGCAGAGAAAUGAUAGCAAGUCAUAUCCGUUUUUAGAGAAUAGUACGCGUAUACGACCUUCGUACGAUUCAAUCGUGGUACGAUGGUGUAGUUUUCAGUCCCCACAUCCCCUAUCUCCUUUCUUUGAAUUUUAUUAUAUUUUAUUUUUUCUUCCUACAAGUAAUGUCCUAUCUUGUAAUUCUUUUUUUUUUUUGUGAAAGCCAAUAGUGUCGGCCAGACAAAGAUUGUGAGGAAGUUGUACAGAGGAUCUGUACGAAAAGUGGAAUUGCCCACCUUUUAUUUCUUAUGCAUGUGUGAGUGUCGAUCGCCAAACGGAGGCGAUAGAGAGUGAUUUUCUUGAAUGGAUGCAUUGAAACUUAUUUUUAAACUCGGAACAAAACGAUUACUUCCAAAGGUUUGAUUUUACGAUUGUAAAGAUUGAGAAUAGGAUCGAUUCUUGAGCCUUCAUGUGGAAGGUGUAUGUUUAGAUGAAUGGAGUUUACCUCGUUAAGCUUUCAAGGAAUGAGAAAAGAAAACAUUUAGGGGUUACAAACAUGAGUGUUGAAUCAUAUUUUUUAAGACGACUCAAAUUAUCAGUUAAUAGUUAUAAUGUCAACCACACAAAAUGAAAUAUAUAUUUGGAUAUCAAAAGGAUACGGAAUGCUAGAUCAAUGGUUCAUUUUUCUGUCGGAAGAUGAAAGGUCUAGUCAGGCAGACGACUUUGGAGAGUGUUGGAUAUGGAAAAAUGUUCUCACAGGAAAGAUGCCCAAUGAAUUUGAUUGGCAGAGAUGGCUGUGGCAGACAUAUUGUAUUUCUUUUACUUUAAAACUGUGAUUAAUGAGCAAGAGAUUUUUUAUGGAAAAGUGAAGCCUGCUUCUGGAAGGGGGCAAGUAGUCUAUGAAAUAAUUUCUGUUAACUCUUUACAUUGUGUCAUGUUCUUUUGAGAGUAAAAGUCAACUUGGUAACUGGUAGAAAAUGUUUGGUAUGAUUUCCUUCUUAUUGUGGCUUUAAGGAAGCAAAUAAAAAAACAAAAACGGAAAGGUGAGAUGGAAAACACAAUUAAAACAUUGUUUAUUCAAUUAGUUUAACAAUACAUUGAAUACUGAUGCCGUUUUGUUAUUCAUGUUUGCUGCUUGAAUACCAUGCAGCGAUGCGCAGGGAGAAAUAUUCAAGGAAGAACAUUUCCUGGAGACGUUUAUACGAGCCUUUUUGAAAGAGACCAAGAAUUAUCAGUAUGUGCCCUAAUAUGAUGUAACUUGAUAAUAUUUUGUGUAAUUUCUUAUCAAAGCUGUUAUAACCUCAAAGAUAGCCUUGUAUGCAUCUGAACUGUAAACUUGCUUUGCUAUUGUAUACUAUUAAUAUUUUGUUGUCUUUUAGGAUAUCUAAUUUAUAGUCUACCUGAAGUAUUGUUCUAGUUAGGAGUGUGAAUUGAUAAUAUCUCCUAGCCGGUUAUAAUUAUACAAGCAUAAAUUUUUUAUUUGUAACAAAUGAUAUGUACAGUCUUCCAAGAAUUUGGUAGAACUGUUAAAAGGUCGUAACUCUUCUAGUAUUUAUGAAGCUAUGGAAAGCCAUGUAUUAUGAAGUCUCAACAUAAUUUCUAUCAUUCCAGAAAGUGUAAUAGAAACUAUUUCCUACAAGACGACAAAAAAUCGAUGAAUUGGGCAUUUUCACUACUCUCAAAUUAACUUUGUAACAUUUAUUCUGUCGCACUGAAUUGAAAAUGUUUGAUAAAAAUUAUCUAGAUGAUUUAACUUUUCUCUAAGAUAGAUUUUGUCAUGGGCGCUUCAAUCACACUAUUUUCAUGUUUACUGCAUUGCGUUAGUAUUUAUGGAUAAUGUGGUUUUGUUCUUGUUGCUUUAACAAUGAACCAGUUUGGUCUGCCGUUUUGGAAACCUUGCCCUCCCACCAGUUAACAAAAUGCAAUUAGCUCUUUACUGUGCUCUUAAAAUAAAUGUGACUUGUUUUUUCUUUUACAGACAAACAAACUGAAAUGAAUAAGGAUUUGGAAUUUCAAAGGACCAUUCAUCUCUACCCAUUUAUGUUAAAUAAUUCACGAUUUUGAAUUUAAAAGCAUUUUAUUUUUAUCAUGGAUAUAAUAUAUAAAGUAACAAAUUGUUUUUUCAAUGGUGGCUAUUUUCUUCAAAUUUCUAAACUUUUACCCAUUAUUUAUCCUAUUCUAUUUUCAGAUGAUUUGAAUGAAUUGUAUUAUCAGCUUUUCAAUUCCGCCACUCCGAGUCUACUUUGAGACCUUAAUUUCUGAAUCUUUUCAAAGGAUGAAGCCAAUCUGUUUGAUCCUCAGUUAGCUUGUGAAAAUGGCAUUAGUGUCUUGUCUGAAAUGAAGAUGUCCAAUCCGAGGACCUGUUUUCACGAAUUGUAUAUUAUUUGUGUGGUAGAUUGAUGAUGUAAUCAAAAUUUAAAUAGCUUUGUUAGAUUAAGCCUUCGAUGGUGUAAUACAUAAAUAGCUUUCGGAGAAACAAUCACAUGUGCUUAACAUCAUUUUAUGUAUCUAUGAUUUUUAUCUUCAUUUUAAUGAAUCUUGACAAACAUCUUGCAAUUGAAAAGGUGGCCAUUUUGUUGGUAAACUCUGAAAGCAACAGGACACAUGAGUUGUAUAAUAUUGAGACAAGUUGUAAGAAUAUAUGUGACACCCUUGAAUUUGUGUAGUUUAAGGGAUGGGGGAAUGCAGUAUCAUGCAGUAUCAAUCAUGUCCGUGUAUGUUUUCCUUAUUUUUUAUUCUCACUCUUGUUUUUUUUCAUGAAAAUGUGAGGUUUGUAGGAAUAAAUGCCGAGUGAUCAUAAUACACAGGAAGAAAGGAAA